AUGACCUCCGAGAGCUCUGCGUCGCCCUCGCCGGACCAGCAGCGCAAGCAGGAGAAGCGCGAGCGCAAGCGAGAAAAGAAGGAGAAGAAGCGCGAGCGCAAGAGGGAGAAGAAGCGCCGGCGCGAGCGCCCGCGCGCAGAGGCGCCGCUCGAGGAGGCGACGGCGGACGUUGCAGGGCGCGAGUUCUGUAGCGCGCUGCGGCUGGGCCACGCCGCGGAGGUCGCGGCGCUGCUGCAGUCGCGGCCGGGCCUGCUCCGGAUGCGGAUUUGCCUGCCGGGCGAGAGCGAGCUGGUGCGGCUGCUCGCGCCGGCGACGGUGUGGUCGGUGGUGCACGAGGCGGUAUUUCGCUGCACCACCACGGGGGAGCGGAUGGGUACCACUGCGCUCGCGCGCCUCUCCGAGCGCGGCGCUUUGAGCCUGCAGAUCGCACAGCCCGCCACGAGUCGCGUCUCUUCACGGGCAGAGUUGUCGACAGGCGCCGUCGGCGUGCUCGCCUCGGUCCUCCGCAGCUGCGACGACCAGAGCCUCGAUGCCUCCCGCCUCGUGCCGACAGACGCCGACGACGCCGCCGACGCCGACGCCGACGUCAUCGACGGCCAGUCCCUCAGCGCACACGACGCCGUUCCGCCAAAGCGACGUCGCGCGUCCGUUUCCUCCUCCUCCUCCGCCGCCGCCGCCGCUGCCGCCGCUGCUGCCGGCGGGAGGGCGUCGCUCGACGCGCCUCCGGCGGACUGGCUCGACUCGAGGCUCGACGAUUCGCGCGCCGCGCCGCCUCCUCCCAACCAGCGGGCGAGGGUGGUGGAGGAGGCGCCGCUGCACGCGCCGCUGCACGUGGCCGCCUGGCGGGGCAGUCAGCCGGCGGUCGAGAUGCUGCUCAUCGCAGGCGCAGACCUGCUCGCCCCCUCCGCCGCCUCGGGCCUGCUCCCGGUCCACGUCGCCUGCGACCCCCGCUCGCCCGCCUACCAGCAGGUCCAUAUCUCCCCACAUCUCCCCACAUCUCGCUCGCCCGCCUACCAGCAGGGCGACGGGACCUUCCUGCCUUGGCUGCUCCGCAAGAUGGGCGAGGCGGACGCGGGCGGCGCCGGUCCGUCCGACGUGGCUGCGCGGCUGCGAGCGGACGUGCCAGCCGCGUUUUGGAGCCGCGGCUGCGACCCGGCACCGCUGGGCAUCGCGCCGCCGCCCAGCUCGUACAGCGAGAGGGUGGCUCGGCGGCUGGCGUCGUACCGCGACCUGGAUAACCCACUCGGGGAGGGGGAGUACGACUACUAG